AUGAUAAUCAGAAACAACACACCAACUUCCUUCUCUUUCUGCCUCACAACAUCUCUGUUUUUCUUCUCUCUCUUUGUGUGUCUCUCUGUCACUUGUAACUUUCUUACAACUAAUUUAAUGAAGCUCCCCAACUGUAAAACCAUCUCACCCUACCUAAAUUUAGUCCAUUUAUAGCAUUUGUUUUUCCCCCAAUAUCAUUCCUUCUUUCCUUCCCUCAUCAUUGGCCUUUCAAUACUGGAUGAUGGCAUGCUCGAUUUCCUUCCUUUUGGUGUCGGUGAUGGUCGCCGUCGUCGUCACCGACGUCAAUCGAAAUGCCAUGGCUUCUGCGACAACAUUGAAGAUGGAGAUGUUACACAGGCACCAUCCUCUGCUCAAUGCCAGACCCGAAACCCAAUUGGAACGCGUCAAGGAACUGGUGACCAGAGACAAGAUUCGCCAUGAAAUGAUUGCGAGAUCCCACCAGCGAAGAUUGACUGUGAAAACAGAGGAACAGGAAUGGAAGAAAAGCGGCGGCGGCAUUGAGUUUCCAAUGAGGGCAGGGAGGGAUUAUGGGGCAGGGGAGUACUUUGUUAACUUCAAAGUGGGUACUCCUCCUCAGAAUUUCUUGAUGAUUGCUGAUACAGGGACUGAAUUGACAUGGAUGAACUGCAUUUACAGAUGCAGAGCUCAUCACAAUUGUACUCUUAAUCCCCCAAACCGCCACCAGAGGAGGCUGAGCCGCCAUGUUUUCCGUUCUGAUCUCUCUUCCUCUUUCAGAACUAUUCCUUGCUCUUCCAGGACUUGCAAGGUUGACCUCUCGAAUCUCUUCUCCCUCACCUACUGCCCUUCCAAUCAUACUCCCUGCAACUACGAUUACAGAUUCGUUGAUGGGUCGUUCGCUACCGGACUAUUUGCAAGAGAAACGGUGACAGUACACGGCGCAGAUGGUUGGAUCAGAAAGCUGAAAAAUGUGUUAGUUGGGUGCAAUAACAAUUUCCAGGGGAGUUUUGAGAAUGUUGAUGGUAUAUUGGGGUUAGCCUACAGUGAACAUUCAUUUGUAUGGGAAGCUAUGGACGAAUUCGGAGGGAAAUUUUCUUAUUGCUUGGUUGAUCACUUAAGCCACAAGAAUGUCUUCAAUUAUCUCACCUUCGGGAACAACUCCAACCAGAGUCGACGAACGCCAUUAUCGGGCAACGUAAGGCGAACAAAGCUUGAGAUUGGUUUAAUCCCUCCAUUCUAUGCCUUGAAUGUUAAAGGCAUCUCCAUUGGCAAUUUAAUGUUGGAUAUUCCCAUCAAGACUUGGGAUGCAAGUCAGGGCGGAGGGAUGAUCAUUGAGUCAAGCACAAGCCUAGCGAGCCUAGCGCAGCCGGCUUAUCAGCCUGUAAUCGACAUAUUGCAGAAAUCGGUGUCGACAUUCGAGAAAGUAACAGUAGAUGGAGUGCCAUUGGAGCACUGCUUUAAUUCCACAGGGUUUAAGAACUCAAUUGUACCAAGACUGGUAAUACAUUUCAUGGAUGGAGCUCGGUUUCAGCCUCAUGUGAAGAGCUAUGUUAUUGAUGUUGCUGAUGGAGUGAAAUGUCUGGGAAUAGUCAUGGGAAAAUGGCCUGGUUACUCUGUCAUUGGGAAUAUUAUGCAGCAGAAUUAUUUGUGGGAAUUCGACCUUGCCGGAGGCACGCUUGGAUUCGCUCCCUCCACCUGCAAAUAGCUUUUGCUUGAUCUUCUCCAUCUCUCCAUCUCUCUCUCUGUCUCUCUCUCUAUAUAUAUAUAUGUAAUAUACAGGACAACAGACAGAUUGAAUUUGUUAUUCUUUGUAACUCUACACUCCUCUAUAGUUCUCUUAUGUGUAUUCAUAUGUUCCGUGGAUCUUGAAAGAUCACUACAAUUGUUCUUUCUUAUAAAUCUUCAACAACAGCUUUAACAUCACAAUAGAAAUCAAAAUUAUAUU